AUGCAGACUGUGUGGGUGAUGCUGAUCUGCCUGGCUGGAGGGCAGCUUGCCAGUGCCACAAUCUGCAAGACCUAUGGCACCAUCCCAGGCAUUCCAGGGUUACCAGGACAGCCUGGCAGCAAUGGCAGAGAUGGGGAGAAUGGCCUAAAGGGUGAGCCAGGUCCCCCUGGCCAGGCAGAGCAUGAAGGAGACAUGGGGGAGAAGGGAGACCCAGGCCUACCAGGGCAUCCUGGGAAGAUCGGCCCCACGGGUCCGCCGGGUUCAAAGGGAUUACCAGGUCCCAUGGGACACCGUGGCCCUCAGGGGGAUUCUGGUGAAUACAAGACCACCCUCAGGUCCGCUUUCUCCGCUGCCAGGACCCUCAGCUCCUACCCACGCCGGGAGCAGCCCAUCCGGUUUGACCGCAUCAUCACCAAUGAGAAGGACCAUUAUGAGAACCGGUAUGGCCGUUUCAACUGUCGGGUCCCAGGCAUCUACUACUUCACCUACCAUGUCACCUCCAGGAACAACCUGUGCCUCAGUGUGAAAAAGGGCCGGGGUGGCAGCAGGGGCGAGAAGGUGGUGACCUUCUGCGACUACGUGCAAGGCAGCUACCAGGUUACCACAGGUGGGGUGGUCCUGAAGAUGGCAGCCAACGAGUCUGUCUGGCUGGAGACAACGGAAAAGAACUCCCUAGUGGGGAUUGAAGGGUCUGACAACAUCUUCUCUGGUUUCCUCAUCUUCCCGGAGGUUUAG